AUGUCCGCCGAAGAAAUUCAAAAAAGCCUGGAGGCCGCCGUGGCUGCCAUUAAUGAUCCCAAGGGGAACAAUCUCUACGAUGUCACCAUUAUCUGUACCACCGACGACCAUCAGGCGGCCUACUGGAUGGACAAACUCUCCCAGGGAGUCUGCCAAAAACCAACGGAUGCGGCCGACAAGAACUUUCCCAUGGUACUCGCCGUCAGCGAAGAUUGGAAUGAUGCCGGGGGAGCUGGAAAUGGACUCGGCACCCUCUACGCUUUUGUAAAGGCAUCCAAACUCGCCCAAGAAAAAUACGGCGUCGAUCUCCAAGCACUCUUGGCCGAACAGAAAAUUAGUGCCGCACUCUUUCACACCGCCGGAAAAGGAACUCGUCUUGCCCCUUUGCCAGCCAGUGAAAAUAACAACAAACCGGGUGUGAAAUUACCUUUUUGCAACAAAAUCAAGGAUGGAAGCUUCAAACCCAUCAGUGUCUUGGAAGCUGUUGUCAAGCAAACUGGAAUCUAUGCUUCCUCCAGAAUGGGAAGACUUUCCGUUUACUGGGGAGAUCAGGUUUUCAUUCCUUCGGCUGCAUUCAAGUACAAUCCCACCCAUCACGCCGAUAUCAUGUGCACUCUGCUAGGAGAUACGGCUCCCACGGCAGAAGAAUGGGCGGCGCAGGGAUUGGACAAGUACGGUGUCAUUGCCGUCAUUAAGAGCGCCGAUGGUGGAUCCGAUAAUGCGGCUCAAGUAGAAAAAGUCUCCCAUGCCACAGCCACGGAAAUGCUGGGAAAAUUGGGUAAUAUUGGACAAGUAGGACCCAGUCUGGGAAGUUUCUCCGUCAGUGCUGCCAUUCUCAAAGCACUCUGCGAUGAAUAUGCCACGGAACUCUCUGCAAAGACGGGCAAAUUCGAUACCGAUCCACACUUUUGGAUGCCUCUCACAUUGUCCUGUGAGGACUAUUGCACUCUCAUGAAACAAAAGGGGGUGGAAGAAGGUGUCUCCAAAGCGCACCAUGAACGCAUGUCCGCCAUGAAGUCCAAAUUCGAUUUGGCUGGCAUGGGAUUGUUCGGUGCUGUGGAUGUCGGAAAAGCCGCCUCUUGGUGGGACUACGGACAGCUCAAACUAUACUCCAACAACAGUCUACUAGUCUUGAAGGACAGUGAGGAUGCAAAACUCUUGCACAAAUUCCUUGGUGUCACCGAAAAGCAAAUUGAGUCCACGUUGGAUGGAGUCACCGUGGAUGGCAUUUCUCGUACCUUCCGCACCAAGGCCAAGUCAGGGUCCAUCAAAGAUUCAGUUCUGGCCAAUGUGCAAGCCACUGAAAUACAGGCAGAUGGAGCCAUCAUUGUCAAUUGUGUGGCCAAGACCAUCAAAGCAGGCAAGGGAGCUAUUCUGUACAACUUGGUGGGUGAAUCCGAUGCUGGCAUUGUAGCUGCCGAUGGAGAGGUGAUUGUGGCCGUCACGGAGGAAUCGGGUGACUCAAUGUUGCUCAAGAGCCGAAUGGACAUUGAUGGAGGCAAGGCAUGGAAGCAGAAGUUGGAUAUGAACUCGCUCAGCUUUGAGGAUGUACACAAGAAGAACAAAGAAGCCAACAUUGGAGAGAUUGAAAAGAAGCGUACUGCCAAGUUUGAUACGGUGGCUGCUUCACUUUAA